AUGAUACCUUACGAGAUGCCUCCAUUGACUUCCGGUAGAAGAGGUUCUAUCGAUUCCGUCAACUCGUCCAUCAGUAGUGGUCCUUAUUCUUUGGGAAGCAGACCUUCGUCUAUAUCUGGCAUUAUGUCGGCUCAUUCGCCUACCAAUAUUUCCGAGAACUCAAACAACAGUUCCGACGUUGAAGAGGACUAUUUUAUCUCUAAUUCUUCUUCUCCUCAGGGUUCUCGGGGUACCUUCAAAGCGCCGCUGGGAAGUGCACCAGUCGUUUCUCCUCAGAAUUCUUUUUCCAGAGAGCAGGGCUCUGUUAGCCCUGCUCAAUCUCUGUCCUCUCUGCAAGAUAUCAAUCAUGGUAUCGCUAGACUAUCUCUGCCAUCACAGUCGAGUGGAUCCAGCAUAUCCUCACAACCAUUCCAGUCUCAAUCUCAGCAACUGCAGCAACAGCCAGAACAGUCACAAAAGUAUCUCGAAUUCUAUAAAUCGCUUCAGUUCAACCUCGACACCUUCUACGAGAAAUUACAGAAGCAAUAUCCAAUUCUUCCGCCCAAGAACAUACUUUCUCACUGCAUCCAGAACUUGGAGGGACAGGAUUAUAUGCCUGUUCUACAACUUCUCGAGAGUGCCCUUCGAGUCCUGAAUUCUAUGGAUUUUAACUCUUCCUUUCCCGAAGUUGUGAAGGCCUUUGAAGAUGUGGUCAAGCUGUAUCCCACAAAAUCAUUUAUCAAUCGGAACCAGUACUGCGAGAUUCCAUUCACCACUGCUCUAGUUCUAUUCAAUUACAUCGUGAUUCUCUCCGGCUACAACUUCUCGUUGGGCUUCGGUGUUGCUUUCUCCAUUUUCAAAGACUGGAUGAUUUUUAAGGACGAUAUAGAUAACGUCAACUUCCACAAUUUGAUUCAAUUGAUGAUGUUGGAUAACUGCUACUCGUUGUAUUUCGGCACACCAAGAAGUUCGACACUUUGCAGCUCUCUAGAUAUGAAUUUCUUGUCAACUUACAUCAAGCAUUUAGAACGGGACCAACAAACGGAUUCCGAAUCACAGUACAACUCGGGGAGCUUGGAAUUCUUAAAGAUUGGCAUGACGCUCAUUAUUCUCUCGAAUGACUUGGAAGAUAUUGACGCUACCAAGAAGUUGGAUGUUGGAAAUUUUGACUACAAGUUUUUGAACAUUAUGAAGUAUACGAAUGAGAGUCUCAUCUACAUUCACCACUUACCCGGAUUGAUUGACCAGUGCGAACCUGGCCAUAUCGAUGAAUUUAUCUUUCAAUCACAACAUGAAGUUUUCAAGACGUGCAAGAAGAUUAUCAAUUUGAUUGACGAGCAGCUCGAUGAUUUUGAGAUCUUCAAACUGCAACCUUUACUCUCUCUCAUAGUAUUGAAAUGCCUCAAGAUUCUUCAAAGCACACGUACAGUUCUUCAGGGAAUGAUUGACUUGAACGAGAUGCUUUCGACGGAUAUGCUCAACGGCAAGAUUCGUAAGGUUAUUGAGACCACUGACAAUAACGUUGCUCGUUGUGUCAAUUUGAGGUUACCGAAUGAGCUUGCCAAAUCAUGUUUAAUGAAUAUUGCAAACAGCAAGAACGUGGGCAUUAGGUUGAUCAAGACAAGUACAAACAGUGCGGUUGACCAUGCAUCGAUGCUGAAAAGUUGGUGCCACCUGACGGAUGACUAUAUGGUUACAAGGUUGACCAAUGACUCAAGAAACGGCUGGUGCUCAUAG